AUGAAGCCUGGGAGAAGGUAUGGACUUUCCAGUGUCGUGUUCUUCCUGCACGUCAUCGUGCACUUCUGGGUGGUUGUGUUUGCAACAACCUCCGCUGGAACCACAGAAACUAAUUCUGAUGAAUUUCAGUACAAGACCUUGUCUCAAAUGUGGAAUGCUCUACGUGGCCUUGUAGAAGCUUUUCCAGAACUUGCCAGGCUAGAAUUCGUAGGAAACGUCAGCGGUGCUACUGUGUAUUCCCUCAUUCUGUCGAAGCAGGCUCACCGAAGGAUGUUUCUCAUGCCACGUGUGCGUCUUGCAUCGGACUUUCCGGCAGGUUCGGAAAUUUUAAUCCACUUCGCUUCUUCGCUUUUGUUCGAGUAUAGCAAAAGCGAAGAGGUCGCCAAACUGCUGAAUACCACCGAAGUUCAUGUCUUAUUUUGGCUCCAUGGUUAUAAAAUACCAGAGGCAUCUAAUGAGGAGUGUGUGAAAGACGACGGAACUUAUCACGUUCAAUUUUUAGAAUUGGACUUUGACGAAGCGUCGCAGGGAGCCGUCCAACCAGAAGCUCGUUUGCUAAAGCGUUGGUUUCGAAGUCAGCGAUUUCUCCUAGGUGCGGCAUUACACGCAGGAAAUGAACUCUCGGUGAACUACGGUUUUAGCAACAAGAAAGAUGGAGCACCAGUGCCGGCCCCUGACGAAGAUGUGCUAUCGGAAAUUUCGAGCGCUUACGUCGAUAGCAACCAAGCCAUGAGGCAAUCGAACAAAUCCUGCCCUAGAGGGCGAACAUCGACACCAAUAUCGCGAAAGCACGUUUCCAUGACCAUGCAGGAAUACACAUACACCUCUGAGGGGACAUUGGAAAUAUUGCUAUCGAUUUCAUGUUGCAUUGUUCCCUCCAAUCUCAGUGCACUUUGGCAGGAAAACAAAGAGUCUUUACUCAAUUCUCUCCUGCAAGCUGACCACGGCGUCCGCGGUUACGUGAAGACAACGGAUGGCACUUUGGUAGCUAAGGCUUUGAUCACCAUUAAAGGCAGAAACGUGGCCUUCUGGACGUCGGACCAAGGAGAGUUCUUUCGCAUUCUACCCCCGGGUGACUACGUCGCACUGGUGGCCUCGAAAGGCUAUCUGCCAGCAAAAAGUAGCUUCAGAGUGCCCAGUCAGAAGUGGGCUGAACCCGUAAUUGUUACUCUUGUUGAAGCCUACGCUCCUGUGAACGUAAAACCUGCGCCUCAGAUGGCGCUGGAUCCCACAACUGCGACCGAAAAAGAUGAUCCCUCACCAUCGGGGUCUAAAGCAGGUUUCCUCGUCGUUCGUCGUAAGUUUAUCGUUGUCAUCGCACUCCUGCAGCUGGUUGUAUCAAUGGACUACGAUUAUUGA